GCGCAGCCGCUGCCGCCGCCGCCAGGGGAUGUGGCCGGCGCCUGCCCCGAGCCGCGCCGCCUCCUGAGUACCCGCUGCCGUCGCCGCCGCCGUCGCCGCCGAGCCGUGCGGGGCCAGGCCGCGCCCUCCCCGGGCGCCCGCCGGCUCGCAUGCCGAGGGGCUCCGGGGCGUAGCUGCGCGCCCGGCGCCGCCUCCGGGCUCCUCCGGCCCCGCCAUGGGCUGCUGCAGCUCCGCCUCCUCCGCCGCGCAGAGCUCCAAACGAGAAUGGAAGCCUCUGGAGGACCGUAGCUGCACGGACAUACCAUGGCUGCUGCUCUUUAUCCUCUUCUGCAUUGGGAUGGGAUUUAUUUGUGGCUUUUCAAUAGCAACAGGUGCAGCAGCAAGACUAGUAUCAGGAUACGACAGCUAUGGAAAUAUCUGUGGGCAGAAAAAUGCAAAGUUGGAAGGAAUACCAAACAGUGGCAUGGACCAUACCCAGCGGAAGUGUUCAGCACUAUGUAGCUACAACCUAAAGCCUUCUGAAUACACUACAUCUUCAAAAUCUUCUGUUCUUUGCCCCAAACUACCAGUUCCAGCGAGUGCACCUAUUCCAUUCUUCCAUCGCUGUGCUCCUGUGAACAUUUCCUGCUAUGCCAAGUUUGCAGAGGCCCUGAUCACCUUUGUCAGUGACAAUAGUGUCUUACACAGGCUGAUUAGUGGAGUAAUGACCAGCAAAGAAAUUAUAUUGGGACUUUGCUUGUUAUCACUAGUUCUAUCCAUGAUUUUAAUGGUGAUAAUCAGGUAUAUAUCAAGAGUACUUGUGUGGAUCCUAACAAUUCUGGUCAUACUGGGUUCACUUGGUGGCACAGGUGUACUGUGGUGGCUGUAUGCAAAGCAAAGAAGGUCUCCCAAAGAAACGGUUAUUCCUGAACAGCUUCAGAUAGCUGAAGAUAAUCUGCGGGCCCUCCUCAUCUAUGCCAUUUCAGCUACAGUGUUCACGGUUAUCUUGUUCCUGAUAAUGUUGGUGAUGCGCAAACGUGUUGCUCUUACCAUCGCCUUGUUCCACGUGGCUGGCAAGGUCUUCAUUCACUUGCCACUGCUAGUCUUCCAACCCUUUUGGACUUUCUUUGCUCUUGUCUUAUUUUGGGUGUACUGGAUCAUGACACUUCUUUUUCUUGGCACUACUGAGCAUCCUAGCAGAGUGGGUCUAAACCAGAAUGCAUACACAGCCACAGCUAUCAACAGCACCAACUUCUGCACCUCAGCAAAGGAUGCCUUUGUCAUUCUUGUGGAGAACGCUUUGCGACUGCUUCAGGUGCUGAUAGUCUGCAGCACAGGCUUGGCUGGGAUUAUGCUGCUCAACUACCAGCAGGAUUACACAGUAUGGGUGCUGCCUCUGAUCAUCGUCUGCCUCUUUGCUUUCCUAGUCGCUCAUUGCUUCCUGUCCAUUUACGAAAUGGUAGUGGAUGUAUUAUUCUUGUGUUUUGCCGUUGAUACAAAAUACAAUGAUGGGAGCCCUGGCAGAGAAUUCUAUAUGGAUAAAGUGCUGAUGGAAUUUGUGGAAAACAGUAGGAAAGCAAUGAAAGAAGCUGGUAAGGGAGGCGCUGCUGAUGCCAGAGAGCUAAAGCCGAUGGCUUCUGGAGCAAGUUCUGCUUGAACCUAGCCGACGGUUAUGGAACCCAUUGACAUUCCAAAACAAUAUAUACACAUAACUAUGUAUUUGUGUGUGUGGGUGUGUGUAUAUAUGUAUAUGUAUGUGUGUAUAUAUAUGUAUAUGUAUAUACACACACACACAUAAUCAGCCAAAAUCAGAGAAAAGGAACAGGGAUUUAAUACCUUUUUUAUGCUUAUUUUUGUCAAACAUGUACUCCUUUCAUACGGGUGGCUUUUACAAGGCAACUUCCGUCAUUUAAUGUUUUCAAUUGUAAUUGUCUUAAUGGGUAUGUUAAGACUCAUAUCUGAUUAACAUUUUUAAUAACUUAGAGGAGAUUUUAACUUUAGUUAUUUAAAUUAGGUAAAAUUAUUGUACCAAAUUCUCUGUCUAAAGUUUAUUCAGGGGUGAUUUCCCUGAUGUGUGUGUAAAAUCAAGGUCUUAUUUUACUGAUGCAUACGUCCUAGUGGGUCAAGACUAGGCAUGUGCUUUCAGGAAAAUAAGGAAUUACUCCAAUCAGUUUCCCCCAAUCAAAGAAGCCAUGUCAUUUUACUUUUAGAAACAUACAAGUGGGUCCAAUAUGGGAAUUUUCAUAAUAGUUCAUACAUUUGUCAGCCAACAUUAAAAGGUAACCAACUCCUCAGGUAUUUGUAGUUUACCCUAAUGCUUCUUUAAAAGAAAGUAGGUAAAAAAAGAAAAGGGUAGAUAAUCUUUCUUAUGCAAACUUUUUUCUUAUAUUUUUGUCUUUCUUUCCUUUUUGACUUUAGUAGCAUCCUCCCCACAUUUGUGUGCCUGAUUUGAAAGGAAGCUGGGGCACCCAGCGAGUUUAGCCUUUAAGUUUCUGUAUAUUGAUUUGCAGAUUAAGUAAUGCUGGGAGGAAUAAAGAAGGGACAGAAACAUGGAACGUAAAGCAUUGAAAAUUCCGGUGCUUGGGCUUCUGCUUCAGAGGAACGUCAGUGGCUUAGGGUUAAAUGGCCAUUUUAUUUAAAUGCUUCCUAUAAAAUCUGAAAACACACUGGCAGGUGCUCCUCUCCUUGGCAAUUCAUUGAGUAUCCAGAGUUCUACAAUGUUUAACUGAAGAAUUGGUUAAUGUUUUGAUCCUCCAGUGCGAAUGUUCUUUUUGUUUGGGGGUGGGUUUGGGGUUUGUUUGGUUUUGUUUUGCUUUUGUUUGUUUUUUAUUCCUGAAGCUUACCAGAUAUGAAUGGCUAAUAUUCCAUUGUUCUGCUUAUUGUAAUGGUGAAUGCUUUAAGAAAAAAAGUGUAAUUUGCUAAGAAUAAUUCAUGAUCUGUUUAUGCGAUAACUCCUUUUUGUUACAAUUUUUUUAAAAAAAGCUAUUUUUGUUAAUGUAAAUAUUUCAGAGCAAAUUUUUUAAACUUAUUGCACUAAAUACAGGCUCUGUACAAAAUAAAAAAAAAAAGCCUCAGCAUUUUAUCAUUCCAUGGAAGGAGAAUCUUUUGAAAGAAAGCAUUGCUUCCUCCCAGAAUUAGACAGUGAGUUAGACCAGUAUUAUGGAAAUGCAUACAGUUAAUGUCACUAGGGCUUAAUAAGCAGCUGUUUGCUAAUGUGCUUCCUUUCAAAGGGUUGGACCUUUAAAUUGCUGCAAAAGGUAAAUUGUAUUUUUUUUUUUUAAUAUUGGCGUUCUUUAGCUAGGCUAAAAUUUGCUAAAUGCCUUGAUUUCUUUUCAAAGUUCAUGUGAUAUUUCUGAUUUUUCAGAAUAUUUGCAAUAAAAGUCUGGAUUUAAAAAAGAAAAACUACAAUUAAGAGCUCAUGUCUUAGCAAGAUCUGGGAAACCAACAUUUUGAGAGUAGCUAUUUUGAAACAAUUCUCCAGAAGUUAACAUCUAACAUCUAGUGUUGCCAGACAGUAUCACUGUACACUUUUAUAUCAUUUGAAAUGGAAUAAAUAUAAUUAUGUAACUAACAAUUGUCCAAAUAGGUGAGAGAGCAAAUCAUGUAAGAAAAUUCAGAACACCAUCUGUUUCGUAGCCACACAGAUAUUGGACAUUCAGAAACAUUGGAUACUAAAUUUAGAAUUGGCAAAAGUGUAGAAGAUGGGUAUCAAAACAGAAGACAUUCCAGGAGCUAGCUAACUUAGAUGUCCCUCCAAAGUGACCUGAUGGAAGUCUUGAACUUGGAAUUAGGUUCUGCUCACUUGGACAUCCCUGCACCAUGGACUCUUGCUGCUCCCUGUUCCAUAUGCUCGCAAUCUCAGCUAUUUGGAAGCCACCAGGAAUGCUUUCUAAUUAUCAUUUGCAACUAGAACUGUAAUCAGAAAGAAAUUUUGUAUUUUUGUAUAACUUGAUUGUGUGCCAUUUUAUAUAACAGGUCCUGUUUUACAAAUAAAUUUUGUUUUACUAACAUUGUGUUUAGAAAUUAU